GCUGGAGUGACAUUGUACGAAAGCUUCUGUUGUAAUGUGACUCAUUCUGCUGUUUGUCUCACUGAUAGUGAGAACUGAAAUGGCCACAGCUGCAGAGGUGAGAGAGGGCUUCCUCUGUCCUAUGUGUAUGAAAGAUCUUGGGACUAUCUCCCAACUUCAAGGACAUUUUGAAGAAGAACACUCUGCAGAGGACAAAGAUGUUCUCCAACAACUUAGAGGGCUUUUUGGAAAAACUAUAAAGAAGAUUCUGGGAGACAAGGAUACUCCAAAUAAUUCUGAAGUGGCCAGUUCAAGUUCUGACAAUGGCCAGCAAGGUUAUAUUCCAGCCCCUAGUGUGGCAGGAUAUGAUCCAUCGCUGUGGGACCCCCAGGAACCAGGCCAUACACGGUCCUGGACUGACACAUUCAAGACUGUACGAGGAACCAGAGUUGAUAGGUUUGUGGUAGAAACCAAUAAACUUAUCAUUAGACUUGACAAACUUACUGGACAAGAUGCCCCUUCUGAACCAAGUAAACGCAAAGCUUAUGAACGUGCUCUUGUGCCCUGGUUACCUGACAAAAUGAUCCCUUCGUGUCCAACUUGUGGUAGGACAUUUGGCCUCACCAGGCGGCGCCACCAUUGCAGACUCUGCGGGGACAUCAUGUGUGACAAGUGCUCUCAUUUCAUGCCAUACACAUUUGCCAAGAAGCUGACUGAUCCAGCCUUCCAGACUGGAGGUGAGGUCGGCUUUCUAAAACGUAGUGGCAGCAACACUAGUCUGAACUCCCUAAUGGGUAUGGAUGGGGACCCACACAUUCGGACAUGUGAGAACUGUCGCAAACUGCUAGAGCGCCGAGACCAACAGAUGGAGCAGAGGAAUACUCAGCCUCCAAUUGUACUUCUGUAUCAGAAAAUGAGUCAAUAUGUUGACAACUCUAAUGAUUUACUGGCAGAGUACAUGCCCAUGGUUGAGUCUCUAAGUAAUGGAGAAUCAACACAUAAUCUGCAGUCAGCACAGCAACUGAGAGCUAAAAUCCUCAAAACUUACGAAUUAAUUGAUGGCCUUAGCAAAAGAAUACUGCAACUUGGGAUGAACUCCGAGGAGGGACCAACAGCCAAACAAGUUCAACUUCAGAAGGCCAUUCGGAUGCGUGCCAGUAAUGUGAUGCAAGAGAAUGUCAUUGGCCUACAGGCCUUACCAACAGAAGAGCAGUAUGCUGUGUUACAAGAACGGCGCAAACAACAGGUGCAACGCCGUAUUGCCUUGGAGCGUCAGGCUACGUUGGAGGCACAGGAACGGGAAAUGAAACAGCGAGAGCAAAAGGAGCAGAAGGACCAGCCUUCAAAACCUGCUGCUGGGAUACCAGCUGGGCCUCCUAGUGGGAAGGUGAAAACUAAAGAUGGGAGGGACAGAAGUGGGUCACAAAUUCUUUCUGGCUGGAUUCCGUCUGAAUCCACUAUAAACUUUAAUGACAAAGACGACCCAAUGAUACAGCAAAUGAACAUCAUCCGGGGUUACAUCAAACAGGCCAAGCAAGCACAGAAAUUAGAUGAGGUCACAAUGCUGGAACAAAAUUUAAAGGAACUCGGACAGGAAUAUCUACGACAGCAGAAUCAAUCCUAGUUAUGUGUCACCACAGAAGCUGACUGUAAACCUGUAACUAUGGUAAGAUGUGCCACCUUGCCAACAUGAAUGACUUUAUGUCUAAAAAUAGAUGUGGAAUCAGAACUGGUCAUUUUUUGUCUUACACUGCUGUAAGUAAGUGUCAGACAAUUAAUAGGCAACAAGGCAUUAUAUACUAGUCGUGAACAGGAUUUCUCUCAGUUGUCUUUACAACAAAAACUUUCAGAAAAGUAGGAGCAAUCAGAAUGACUUUUACCCAUAAGUUUCCCUGUGUCUUGUACCAAGUACAGCCUUCUGUAAUGAACAUCUAGGCCAUCAUCCACAUCUGAUGUAACCAGGAAUUCAUGUCCUCAGACCAUGUUGAAAGUGAUAUAAACAGUUUAGUGUGAAAAGUAUAUUAUGUGAAGCUGAAACUGUGUGAGAAGAAUGAUUUUUACAGAAAAUUUCUUUAAUAUUGCUGAUAUGGGUCGUUAAAUGUGCAAUAACAAUUGUUUUUCUUGAUUAUUUAUGAUUAAGUAGUUGAUUUUAUGCAUUAAUGAUAUGAAAUUACUGCUUUAUAUGUUUGGUAACUGCCUGUGCUGCUAUUUAUCCUGUAUUUAGAUACUGUAAAAUGAUAAAUAUUUGGGGAGCUCAUAAUUUGUUGGUUGUGUGGAUAUUUUUUUUUUUUUUUUUUUUAAAUAAGAGCUCACUUUUUAAUGGAUGUCCCAUUCCAUUGAUAAGUAGUACUCACUAACUAAACUUAUAUUGAAAACUGCAAAAUUUCAAAAAGAAGAUCAAUUCGAGGGCAUGUGAAUUUGUGAAUAUCCACAAAAAUGAUUGAUUUUACGGUAUUUAUGGAGUUUAUUAUUUAUGUCAGUUUUCUAUAUAUCUUCUACCAAUAUUUAAUCAUACCACAGACAGGGUUAAGAUUAUCAUGAUUUGUUGUUUAAAAAUCAGAACUUGUGAUGGACAGAUUGUUGUUUGUACAUUGUAACAGCUGAAAUUAGGCAGCAAAACAAAAAAAAAAAACCAUAGUCUUACCGACUGAAAAAUCAUGGCAUCAAUUAGUGUCCUGACAACGUUCACCCUGAUUUCUCUAAUUUGCACAGCUGUAUAUCAUUCCAGUGUGCUUAAGGUAGUGAUUCUGUGUAAGACUGCCAUUCUUUGAAGCGGGAGACAUAAUUUUUUUUUUUUGAAUUUCUCCUAGAUAAAUCCUGUAUGAUUUAUUUCCAUUCUAAUGUUUUCUGAUAGGAAGUUCAGAAUGGAGAAUAUUCAUCACUAUAGCUGUGUAUGUCAGGCAGGUUCGGAGAAGUAAAAUGUCAGUUUAGAUUGUGAAGUAAUGUAUCCAUACUGACAGUUAAAGCAAGUAGUUUGUGACUUGUGUUAUGCAAAAUUUGUAUCUUCCAUUCCUCAUCAUGUAUUAUAUCAUUCCAAAAUGUUCACAUGCCAUUUUUUUUUCUUUAUCAUUGUUUGCAUCAUUAUGUACAGUUUAUGAAAAUUUCUGCACUAUCCUGAAAUAGAAUUUAGAAGCUAGUCACCUUUUUGGAGAUAGAAUUUAGAAAGUUAUAGUCUUUUGCAGACAUUGAUAUAAAAUGUAGUUCUUAAUGGUAGAAAGUUAAAGUCUUUUUCAGAAUUUCAGAGAGAGAAUUUCAGAAAUAGUUUUCUUUCCAAUACACCAUCCAGCCUAUCCAGUAAAUUUUUUUUCUGUAAGAGAAAAGAAAAUACAUAUACCUAAUACCCAUCCACCCAUGCACACACACACACACCUCACACACACACACACACACACACACCUCACA